AGUGACACCUUGACUUGUGAAUGAAUGAAAAACAAGGGCUAGGGCCCAAUGGACGAAAAGAGGAUAAAGGACAGCAAGCAUGAGUUAAAAUGCAGGUUGCUUUCUCUACCUGCCAUCGCCUGAGCCCAGCAAAGUCAUUAUAGUCAUUAGAAUCACCAAUACAAUCUUGUUUGAGAUCAUCCUGGAAUGUGGAUGGAACCUGGGACUGUACACUUCUGCCAUAAAUGCAUUUAGCAUUUCAUGCACUUGUAACCAUCACUUCUCCUCUAGAUUUACUUUCUCUGCUUGUCUUGGUGUUUGGCGUUCUGUCCAAGGCUGGCGUGAUUAUGGCUACUCCCAUUUGUGCCAAAGAGGGUGGUGAAUGCCGGACAAUAUCUGUAAGUGAAUUAUUUCACCGUGCUAGUGAGAUCUCCCACCAGAUCCAUGUGCUCUCCACGGAAGCGUACAAUGAAUUUGUGAGUAUAAUUAUGUUGAACUCUAGUAGCUCUGAAGAGUCAUUGAAGCAUUUCUCUGUAUUUUACUGUACUAUUCACUAUAAAAUGCAAGUGACAAUUAAUCAUUCAAUUCAAUUCAUUUAUGAUAAUAUUCAGCAGGACAGCAGGCUCUGGGGAGAAAUGACUGACUCUGGCUCCUAUUUUAUUAUGUUCUUCCUUUCACAGAACCAGCAUUUUAUUCAAGGUCAACAUCUUAACUUCAGCAUUAUCAAUAGCUGCCACACCUCCUCUAUAGUGACCCCUCAGAACAAGGAAGAUGCAUUACGUACACCUCACGAGCGUCUGCUGAGCCUUGUUAUUGCUAUUCUACGCUCCUGGCAAGACCCUCUACAGUAUGUGAUCUCUGAAUUCAGUGCCACCCAUGGGAAUACCAGCUCUAUAUUGAGUAAAUCAAUGAAGAUUGUGAAACAAAUGAAGCGACUUGCCAAAGGAUUGAAUAAGAUAAGUGAGCAGGUACUGUCAUACUAUUGUGGGGCCAGUAAACUACAGUACCUUUCGCCAGUCGCCCAGUCAACUGAGCUAAGCAGGCAUAAGAAUGAUCGCCAGUACGUAUUUAUCAGCAAAUAUUUCUCAUUUGUGUUUCAGGUUGGACAGCACAGUGGUGCCAUUGAGCAGACUGUGCCAUGGGAACAGCCUUUAGCUGAAGAUGGAGACUCACUCAUAUCGCAACUGUACAAUCUCCUGCACUGCUUCAGGCGAGACACAAAUAAAAUUGACACUUACCUUAAACUGCUGAAAUGUAGAUUCACCCAGCAAUUGAAAUGCUGAAAGGUCACUCUCUGAUCAGUGUUAUAAUUCUCAUCCUAAAUGUUCACAGCUCAAGUAAAUUCAGCAGCUCUUAAUUGAAAAUUGAUAGAUAGUCAUGCAGCUAACAAGUCCAUAAUCCCAAAUUAAAUCAAUCCCACCUGCCUGCUCCUGGUUCAUAUCCUCCAACU